AUGACGCAACUCCUUAUGGAAGAAAAGAAUAAUAUGAUCAAUGAUCAGCAUAAUUUGCGUCCUGUAGGCACCCGAAAAAUUCCGGAAUCUAAUUACAAUUGCAACCGGAAAAAGAAAGCUCCGAAACGCAAGGAUCAACAUAGGAAUGAACCUUAUGCACGUGGGAAUCAACACCACCGUGCCUCUAGUUCUCGGGGACAAGGUAGCGGCUUUAGUGGCCAUACCAACUCAUGGCGUCGAGACACCGGUGCCGCCGGCCCCAAGGGCGGCGCCGCUCCUCCUCGGAAGCAGCAUGCUCGCUCUUCUUCUGCCUUUGAUGGUCAAUGCAACAGAUGUGGGUCUAAGGACCACUGGUCUAAAAGUUGUCGCGCUCCUGCAAAUGUUGUUGCCGCAUACAAGAAAUACAAGGAAUUGAUGGAAGUCAAUUCCACUGAAACAAUGGAGUUGAACAUAAUGUUACCUUCAAGGUCGCUGACCCUAAUGGACAAUGUUCUGACUUAG